UGUAGUUCAGAAUAAAAAAAGAAGUCCGAACAGGAAUUAAACGCGUGUUUAACUGUUAGCAUCCAAAGAAACCCGGGUGCGUUUUGUAAACGAAUUAGAUAUGACUAUUCUUUCGGUGUUAGGAACUUAUAUGUUCGCUUGUAAGAAGUGAUUCCGGUUCAGUGGGAAGGUUUGAACGGUUCUCUGGAAAGUGACCAUUGUUGUAAUCAGGUCGAGGCUGUUAUCAAUUCCACUUGCUGACUCUCUUAGUUUUUUACGGGUUUACAGCUUAAAAACAGGGCAAGCUUUUUAGAGUGUCAUGAAAGAAAUGUCAAGCACCAUGCCUGGUGGGCAGCAGCCUCAGAAACACUAUGGCAUCACCUCUGCCAUUAGCCUUGCCCCUCCACGAGAAAUAGACCACCAGUACACCAAGAAACUCUGUGACGCAAUGAAACCUUUUGGGGUAUUUGAAGAUGAAGAGGAAUUGAACCAUAGGCUUGCAGUUCUUGGGAAGUUGAAUAACUUUGUUAAAGAAUGGAUUGCAGAGAUCAGUGAAUUAAAGAAUCUUCCACCAUCAGCUAUUAGCUGUGUUGGGGGGAAGAUAUUUACAUUUGGCUCGUACCGUCUUGGAGUGCACACAAAAGGAGCUGAUAUUGAUGCCUUAUGUGUGGCUCCACGCCACGUAGAGAGAAGUGACUUUUUCCAGUCUUUCUUUGAGAAGUUGAAACAGCACGAAGAGAUCAAAGACUUGAGGGCUGUUGAGGAUGCUUUUGUACCCGUGAUAAAAUUCAAAUUUGAUGGAAUAGAGAUUGACCUGCUUUUUGCCAGACUGGCCUUACAGUCCAUUCCAGACAACCUGGACCUGAGGGGAGACUCCAUCCUGAGAAACUUGGACAUUCGGUGUAUCCGCAGCCUUAAUGGCUGUCGAGUGACUGAUGAAAUUUUGUACCUGGUGCCAAACAAAGAAAACUUCAGGCUGACACUGCGAGCCAUCAAACUGUGGGCGAAACGUCGUGGGAUCUACUCCAACAUGCUGGGGUUUCUGGGUGGAGUGUCGUGGGCCAUGCUGGUGGCCAGGACUUGCCAGCUCUACCCUAACGCUGUAGCUGCCACAUUGGUCCACAAGUUCUUCUUGGUUUUCUCUAAAUGGGAGUGGCCAAAUCCUGUGUUACUGAAACAGCCUGAGGACAGUAAUCUGAAUUUACCUGUGUGGGACCCCAGAGUGAACCCAUCUGACAGAUACCACUUGAUGCCCAUCAUCACACCUGCCUAUCCCCAGCAGAACUCCACGUACAACGUCUCCACAUCAACACGCACCAUCAUGAGCGAGGAGUUCAAAUAUGGCCUCAGCAUCACAGAUGAGAUUCUUCAGGGAAAAGCAGAAUGGUCCAAGCUCUUUGAGCCACCCAACUUUUUCCAAAAGUACAAGCAUUACAUCGUUCUGACUGCCAGUGCAUCCACAGAAGAAAACCACUUAGAAUGGAUCGGCCUGGUGGAGUCAAAGAUCCGUGUCCUGGUAGGAAACCUGGAGAGGAAUGAGUACAUCAACCUGGCUCAUGUCAACCCACAGUCCUUCCCCGGGUCCAAAGAGAACCGCAACGAGAACGACUUUGUGUCCAUGUGGUUCAUUGGGAUUAUCUUCAAGAAAGUGGAGAAUCCAGAGAGUGUGAACAUUGACCUGACGUACGACAUCCAGUCCUUCACAGACACUGUGUACAGACAAGCCAACAACAUCAACAUGCUGAAGGAUGGGAUGAAGAUUGAAGCAACACAUGUAAAAAAGAAACAGCUCCAUCAGUAUCUUCCUCCGGAACUGGUGCAGAAGAAGAAGAGGAGCAUAGCAGAGCUGAACCGCAGCUCUAAUGGCGGGAGCUCUAAGCGGAUCUCUCUGGACAGCAGUCAUCUGGACAGCUCCAGAGACACGGACUCUGGGACUCCCUUUAGCUCCCCAACCAACAAACCCUCCAAGCCUGCAUCGGACACAGACGACAGCGUCAGCCCUCCCAAGCAGCUUUUUGUGGAGGGCUCUCCAGCACCCAGCGCGGCACCAGCCGCUAAAGACCAGGGCAUGUCUAUCCCUGUCAUUGGCUCAAAACCUCCAGUUAAAGCAAAGCCUCCUUCCCCACCAGCCAGCAGCUCCAUCACCACAGUGCUGAGUGGCAGUGUGAAGCCCAACGCCACCAGCAGCCCCAGAGAGGAGCCCAACGGCCUGGACGACUCCGUCAAUGGAGCUCCCUCCAAGAGACCACACUCACCUACGCAAGAGGACCUGGCCAAGAGGCACAAACACACAGAGGUGGUGUCCAAUGAUGACUCCAUAUUUAAAGAGCCAUAUCCACCAUCCUCUGACUCCUGUGCACAUGGAGAAGGAGCCAAUCUUACUCCUCUUUCUGGAUCAAAGGCUAAGCCCAUUCCAACCAUUGAUACCUCAAGAACACAGAGACUUCCCAGCAUGGAGCUGCCAGAUGCCUCCUCGCCUCUCCCAGCCAGCAACAGUUGUCGUGUUGUGAAAAAUUCCAUUAAACUGGCUCUCAACCGCCACAACAUCACACCUCCCAAGCCCCCAGUUUUUGAGGGCACCCUCACCAGUGACGCUCCUCCUGCCAGCGAAGAGAAGGGCAUGUCCAUUCCUGUCAUUGGCUCGAAACAUGUGGCAUCCAAACACGUGGCGCCCCCCGUUGGCAGCUCCAUCCCCACGUUAGUGAGCAGAGGAGCCGACCCGCUGAACGGAGCAGCCUCCAAGAGACCCCACUCCCCUUCUCUGGAGGAGCAGGCCAAGAGGCUCAAAGAAACAGAGAAGGCCAGAAUCCACAUAGCUUGAACACACAACUAAUAAACUGGAUUCAUACACACAGGUGGGGCUUUACAAUUAAGUCAAACACCAAGAAGAUGACUUCACACAGGGACAGGUGCGUUCCGGUUGGUCAGUCUCACGUGAAGCAGCAGGACCGACACCUCACCUCAAAUCUUCAGAGAUUACAGAUUUGCCAGUGGAUAGGUGAUUUGGUCAAUGUUGUCUGCGCCCUCUGUCACACUCACAACCAGAGGGAAUUUAACACAACUUUAUGGAGAUAUUUGACAUGAGAACUAAAGCAACUGUUUUUUUUUUUGUUUUUUGUUUUUUGUUUUUUUUUUUUUGUUUUUUUUUUUACUCGCCUUCUCCUUCAGUGUUUAAAAAUAUACACUGCAGUGACAGAAAAUGAGCUGUCCUUCUUUUCAUUUUCCCCUUUUUCCAGUUAACAUGUUUUAAAAGCGCCCAAAACAUUUAUCAACGCAUACUACACACACUUCUGGUGUAUGCAGAUUUUUUUUUUCUUUUCUCCCAAACAGAAACCUGUACAGUAAAUGGUGAUGUACAUAUUUUUUUUUUGUCUUUAAAAAAAAAAAAAAAAGCAAAAGAUCACUGCUAAGUCUUUCGACAAUUCUAUUGUAGUUUUAUCUAAAAAUGGAAAAAAAAAAGUUAAAAAAAUUGUCAUUUCUUUUUUUCUCUACUGCUUGUCCAAAACGUGUCUCCGGCCCUGGAUAUUUUUUGUAAACAUUGUAUAGGUUUGGAUACAGUUGCAGGGAGGAUAUGUUGAGGGUUUGCUUGGAUACAACCACGACUAUUUGGACCACCAUGCCCCCCCCCCCAAAGAGGACUCCGGGUUAGUAUUGGACUUGCAGUGUGUAGGUGAUCAUAGACGCUCAGUGACAUCCGUGCUUCUCAGGUGACAGUAAGAGCAAGAAAGUAACCCUUACAGCAGGAAACGUCAUGCAUUUUCUGGAAGUGAUGAAAUGGGUCUGAAGCUUUUCAGUCAUUGUUUAGCUUUUAGGGGUAGCACACAACAUUGGAAGAACCAUAUCAAAGCGCUACGCUGAUCCUUCUGUUCAGUAGCUUCAGUGUCACUGUGUCACGCCUAUUGUUCGUCUUGGAUUUAAAAAAAAAAAAAAAAAAAAAAGGUUGAUGAGUUUUCUGCUUACUUUAAAUGGUGUGUUUAAGCCUGAAGUCAGAUGCGUGUGGUUGACACAAAAAAAAAGUGAGUGCUGGACAGUUCACAAGAAAA